UGUAAUGGGUCCAACGUCCAAGCUUAAGAUUCCUUCUCAAACGUUCAAUUCUACUUUUUGAGAUGCUAAUAAAACUCUACAAACACUGCUACAACUUUCUUCCCCACUCCUCCCAUCAUCUUCAUCUGAUUCUCCAUUCUCAACCAUCCAUUACCCUUUUACCUCCUUCCAAACCCUCCUCCCAUGGAAGCUCUCAUCUCCCAGUUCACUUUCCUCUCCGAUCAAGCUCUCCACGACAAGAAUUUCGACCCCUCCACCAUUGAAGACCUCAUGAAGCUCUUCGAGAUCGAAGCGUACAAGUCCUGGGCUGCCAUCGAGCUCCAACACCAGAAUGAAGUUCAAGACGCUGAGAUCGCGAUGCAGCAGGCUGAGGAUUACCUCGAUUCCGUCAUGGAAGAUGCCAUGGAUGAGUUCAGACGUUUCGAAGAGGAGUUUGAUCGGAUGGCUGAAGCUGAGCUACAACAACUCCUUGAUAAGUCUGAGAAGGCUCGCAAGAUGGGUAGUUUGAUGGAGAAAGCUGCGUCGGUUGCUUCUAAGAGGUAUAUGGAGGCAGCUAUGAAUUCUGCCACUGCUUCCAUGAGAUCUGCCUGGAAGGCUAUUUCUUCCAAUAAGGUUCAUCCUUCCUGAAGCUGCUCUUUUCAUUUUCAUUUCUUGUUGAAUUGCAAUCUAUUUAUCUUUUCAAUGUUGGAUCAAAACCCAGUUUUAAAAGCCUUUUACUUGUACUCUACUUUUAGAAAGACAAGGAAUUAUCUCCAUAAAUUGUACAAUUAAUGCAUAAAUAACUACUUCCAUUACGUUCAAAUAUGAUAACACUUUCAGAA